GCGAAGAGGAAGGAGAAGGAAGAGGAAAGGCCGGGCGGCGGUGUGUGUAGGUUGUGCGGCGACGGCGGCUCUCCCCCGGGCGGACGAUGGACAGCCAAGGCAGGAAGGUGGUGGUGUGCGACAACGGCACUGGGUUUGUAAAGUGUGGAUAUGCAGGCUCUAACUUUCCAGAACACAUCUUCCCAGCUUUGGUUGGAAGACCUAUUAUCAGAUCAACCACCAAAGUGGGAAACAUUGAAAUCAAGGAUCUCAUGGUUGGUGAUGAGGCAAGCGAAUUACGCUCCAUGUUAGAAGUUAACUACCCGAUGGAAAAUGGCAUAGUCCGAAAUUGGGAUGACAUGAAACACCUGUGGGACUAUACAUUUGGGCCAGAGAAACUGAACAUAGAUACCAGAAAUUGUAAAAUCUUACUCACAGAACCUCCAAUGAAUCCAACUAAAAAUAGAGAGAAGAUUGUAGAGGUCAUGUUUGAAACUUACCAGUUUUCUGGUGUGUAUGUAGCCAUCCAGGCAGUUUUGACUUUGUAUGCUCAAGGUUUAUUAACUGGUGUAGUGGUAGACUCUGGAGAUGGUGUGACUCACAUUUGCCCAGUGUAUGAAGGCUUUUCUCUCCCUCACCUUACCAGGAGACUUGAUAUUGCUGGAAGGGAUAUCACCAGAUAUCUUAUCAAGCUGCUUCUGUUGCGAGGAUAUGCCUUCAACCAUUCUGCUGAUUUUGAAACUGUUCGCAUGAUUAAAGAAAAACUGUGUUACGUGGGGUAUAAUAUUGAGCAGGAGCAGAAACUGGCCUUAGAAACCACAGUAUUAGUUGAAUCUUAUACACUCCCGGAUGGCCGCAUUAUCAAAGUUGGAGGAGAGAGAUUUGAAGCACCAGAAGCUUUAUUUCAGCCUCACUUGAUCAAUGUAGAAGGAGUGGGUGUUGCCGAAUUGCUUUUUAACACAAUUCAAGCAGCUGACAUUGAUACCAGAUCUGAAUUCUAUAAGCAUAUUGUGCUUUCUGGAGGAUCGACUAUGUACCCUGGGCUGCCUUCACGGCUGGAACGUGAACUUAAACAGCUUUACUUAGAACGAGUUUUAAAGGGAGAUGUGGAAAAACUUUCUAAAUUUAAGAUACGCAUUGAAGACCCACCUCGCAGAAAGCACAUGGUAUUCCUGGGUGGUGCAGUUCUAGCAGAUAUCAUGAAAGACAAAGACAACUUUUGGAUGACCCGACAAGAAUACCAAGAAAAGGGUGUUCGUGUGCUGGAGAAACUUGGUGUGACUGUUCGAUAAACUCUAAGCCUGUUCCCAUGACAGCCCUAAUGCUUUCUUUUCUCCUUUAUUGCCAAUCUUUGAACACAUUCGACUCCAUGACAUGGAAGAGGCCUCUCUGUGCCCUUUGACUGGAAAGGUCAGGUUUUAUUCUGGUGUCUUGGGGAAGCUUUGUUAAAUUUUUGUUAAUGUGGGUAAAUCUGACUGUUUAAUUCAUCCAUUUCCCUACAAACAAAACAAGGGGGCCAAGGGCCCUGUGUGCUGCAUUGUUGCUUCUGAGUCGGCAUUUAGAUCAUUCCCGUAGGCUUCCUGUGUUUCCGUUACUGCUCAAAUGCUGUGGUCUUAGUCUUCAGCGCCCUAGGUGGUAUGCCUUCAUUAGCAUAAGAAAAACUUCACCAGGAGCUUUUACAUAUUACUGGGUGGGGGGCGGUGAGGGAGGGUGGGCAGCUGCUGAAGCCUGUACAGCAUUUUCCUCUGUCCUCUGGCCCUUUCAGCAGUUACUGCUACAGCUUCAAGUACCUUCAAGCCUCUUGCAUUGCAUCGUGGGGGGAGUGUUAGGCUCAGAACUAAAGUGUUUUGUGUGGGUUUUUGCUUGGGGGGAGGUCUUUUGAUUUUGAUUUUUGAACUUUUCUCCUCUGGGGUACUUAAGAUGAACUUUCUUUACAAUUUUGGUAUGCCUGGAAGUGUUUCCCUAUGAUACGAAAAGCAAGUGUAGUGUACUAUUCCAUUACCCUGUGGCUUAGAGAUUUGUUUUUUAAAAUAACUGUGUCAGCUAGGGCUAGACUCCCUAGAAUCUCUCAAUGGAACUGUAACAUUUAAAAAAUACCUUUGGAAAUUCAAGUUUCAGAUAAAAAACUGCUUAAGAGCUGGUAUUUUCUAAGUGUUUCUGUUCAUUCCAGAAGCACUAAGAAACCCAGAGCCAAGUACCAUGUUUGCAAAUUAUUCUUACCUGUAACUGACCAGUGCUUGUCUAAUAAGACAGGUCGAUGGGUGUAAAUCACUGGCAGUAGGUUGUAAUCGCUGGUCAAAAAUAACAUUGGAAUAUGGGACUUGUUGCCAGUUGGGUGAUUUCACUAGUUUUUUUGUUUGUUUUUAUUUGAAAGUGGAAUAAAAUUUGACUAUUUGAAAUGUUGGCCCCAAAAAAUCAAGAUUUGUAUUUGUAUUGGAAAACUAAUGAUAACUGUUAAUUCGCAUCCAUCGUUUAUACAUGUAAGGAGAGUUGUUGAUAUUCUGUGAAUGUCGAACAGCCUUUACUGCCUGUGUCAGCAAAUCAUAUUUAUGAAUUCUGUUGGUAUUGCUUGGUAUCUGAAAAAAUAUCAAGUAGUACCCAGACAUGAGUUUUUUCUGAAUUUGAAAAAUAAAGUAAUUAGAAAUUGCAUCAUGCUAAGUACAAAAUGCCAAUUUUGAGGGGAAAAAUUUUUCUCUUCAUUUCAAACAUUCUUUACUCAUAAUUGCUUUGAAAGAAGAAACUCAAUUUUUGGGGUGACUGGAAUUGGAUAUGUUACUGGUUGUAGAGUCUUUUUUGUGAGAAAACUUAAAGAUCAGUUCAUGUGAAAUAAGCAGCAAAAGUAGUUCUAAUUCUGCAGCUUCUGUUAAUAUUAAGUUUGGGGAGGAGGGGUCUAUUUUACCUUAAUUUCAGCAAAUACGAGAAGUUUGCCUGCAUGCUGGCCAUGCUUCGGUGUACACGAAUAGCCCGGGAACGGAUUCACUUUGGAAUUCUAAAGUGUUUUCAAUCACGUUCUUAUAAAUGCCCCACCCUGUUGACUACUGGGCUUGUUAGAAGACCCGUGUGUAGGACCAGUACCUACUGGCUGUUCAUUUCAGGUAAAUGGAUUGACUCUUGGCCUUUGGACAUGACUUUGAAAUAUGGGAGGAAAAAACAAAGACUAGGUUGGACUCAAACAAUGAAAGAGCAUUUACCAUUUGUCCCUUGAAGGUAGAUUGGGUUUUAAUUUCAUAAUGCUCCUAGCAAACAUGACAGUUACAAUGGUGUAGUAAUAUAUAUAAUAGUAUAAUUUAAAAUUUUUCAUUUUAUAAUUUUCCUAUUCCAAGUUGAAAUAAUACAUUUAGUAAUUUUGGGGGUGGGGAGUAUUAAGUUAGAGUUGCUGUCAGGUGUUGUAUCCCACAGAUAUUUUAAAUUUUUCUGUUUUAAAAGAGAUCUGAUUUUUAACUCUUAAAAACCAUUGUCGCUUAAAUUUCUAAUAAUUGUUAAAAUUCUUUUAUUUUUAAAUUAGAAUUGCCAAUGUCUUGACCUUUGAGAAGGGUUUCUUAGCAAUAGAUCCAACUUUUAAACUUUGUUCUUUAAAACGUGGUAUUGGAUGUUGACUCUUACACAGUUCUGAGCACUGUUAACAGUAUCUGGAAAGUAUUUUGAGACGUCAUUGGAAAGCCAACAUUCUAAAUUUAACAUGAACACACUUCUUUUUGAUUCAGAAAAUAAAAUCAGAUUUUUCAAAGUAAA